GUGGUGGAGCACGAGAGCAACCAGGGGGGCAUGCGGCUGCGUGCCGAACCCGUUAUCCCGGCGGCACAGAAUGACGUGUGGGACCCAGAUGCCAGUGGGACAAAGCUCGCGUGUGCUUUCUCAGUUCUGGUUCACCGACAUGUGGGCCCGGAUUGGUGUCUUGUGGCCUGUGGGCUACCGUGUUCGAGUCGGUUGUGGAGCGGAAUCCGCCGCCGACUCCGGCUCUGCGCCUGCGUCGUGAGCACUCCCAUAAAUACUGGGUUUUGCUCUUCGAUGCCCGUGCCGUGCGAAGUUCGUAGCGAGAAGAAGAGGAUUUGGCCGGCGGAACGAGUCCCUGCAGAUUUCCUGAUGUAUUUCCAGGAGUACCUCAACCUGCAGCACCGGGCGUUCGUGCAGUACUACCGCUGCCUGUCGAUGUCUCUCCUGAACAAGGAGAAUAUCGACGAGGACGGGAACUGGGUUAUCAUGCCGCCAUCUGCCCUUGAUCGCCUUAGCCGCCUCAACGUCGAGUACCCGAUGCUGUUCCAGAUCAAGAACCCCAGCACGGAGCGCGUCACGCACUGCGGCGUGCACGAGUUCGUCGCCGAGGAAGGGUUCAUCCACAUGCCGACCAGGUUGAUGGAGCACCUGGGUGUCCAGGAGAACGAGCUCGUGUUGGUGAGGAACACGCUGCUGCCCACGGCCACCUUCGUCAAGCUGCAGCCGCACACCACGGACUUCCUCGACGUCUCCCACCACAAGGAACUGCUGGAGAACAACUUCCGCAAGUUCAUCUGCUUGACCGCCGGCGAGACGAUCGUGGUGACGGAGGGCGAGCGGCGGUACUACCUGGACGUGUUGGAGGCGCGGCCGGCCGAGGCGGUCCGCACCAUCGACACUGACUGCGCCGUGGACUUCGCGCCACCGCUCGACUACGUGGAGCCGGCACCCGCGCCGGCCCCGGCACCCGGCGCCAGCCAGGCCAACGGCAAGCUGCCCCGGUUCACUGGCGUCGCGGCGCGGAUGGACGGCAAGCCGGUGGAGCAGGCGCCGCCCGCGCCGGUGCCCGUGGGCAGGCAGGCUGACCUGCCGCGGCAGCCAGCCCAGUUCACCGGCGUCGCGGCGCGGAUAGACGGCAAGCCAGUGGAGCUGCCGCCGCCUACGCCGUCUCCGGCGGCGGCGAGCGCCGGUGCUCUGGGCGCACCGAAGAGCAAGGUUCGACUCGGCGCCCCCUCCGCGGCUGGCAGCGGCAAUGGGAGAGGCGUGAGCAAGGCGGAGGCGGCUGGAGGCAAGGAACAGGAGAAGCUCUUUGUCGGGACUCAGUAUUCCUUGAAGGACUGAUGAAAUAAAAGAUCCUUCUUGUUUUGUAAUUCUCGCGGCCAUCUAGAACAGAAGUGUGACUUUGAUUUGAUUUUUCGAGAAUUUCAGAUAUGCUUUUGUAGACUCUGGGCGAGUUCAAGUGCAUUGGAAUUGAACUUGUACUUUAUCUUGUCUUUAG